AUGAGAUUCAUCAUUCGCGACUUGUGGACAACAGAGACACCGGGACCGAGGACGGCUUUUCGAGCUUUUGAUGCUCUUAUCGCUUUAAUUGGUAUCAUUUGUAUCGCAGUGGGAACCUACUACCCAGCGUCUGGAGUGAUCUAUUACGUUAUCCUUGCGGUGACAGCCAUCUGGUCGGCCCUCGUUUCGAUCUUCUCUCACACCGAGCGUACCAUUCAUCCGGGGUUUGCCAUCGCCUUGGAUUUUGCUCUUGCGGUGGUACAUUUCUUUUUCGGAAUACUCAACGUUAGAGCUGCAAGUGGAUAUUCAUAUGGGCGCGGGAAUGCCGUUGUUGCAAUCUUCUUGCUUGUAGUUGGGGCUCUUCACCUUUUGUUCUUUAUCUUGGCCUGCCGAGACACCCACGUUCGACGAAAGUCGACAAUUACAGGUACUGCGAAGGACGACUUGGAGAGUGCUCCCGACUAUUACGAGACUGCACAUGGGAAUGCGCAUGAAAUUUCGAGCGGGCCUGCGUAG